AUGGCCAGUCAGGGUAUUCAGUUCCUGGAGACUAGAGAUCAACUUGCUCUUGGUGACCGUAUCGAAGUGGAUGGUGAUUGUCGAGGUAUUGCUUACCAUGACGAUAUGUUGAUAGUGUCCUUCUACAAUGGAAAUCUAAAAGUAUUGAAUAUGAACGGGCAUGUUAUAAAACCAGAGACGGAAUGCAGUGAACAAAAACAGUUUGGACGUCCUUACUACUUAACAGUUGUAACUGAAAGUACGUCUGCUUACAUCUACGUAUCAGAUAAUCACAGGAACACCAUUACAAAGCUUGAUGUGGACCUAAAUAUCCUCAAGACCUUCCGGGAUCCUGCAUUGAAAGGAUCUGGAAGUAUCACUGUAGUCGGGAACCAGUUAUUAAUCUGUCGUUUUACAGAAUCCCAGACAAUGGAGGUUCCUGGGAAGAAACUGCAAUCAGGGUCAUCUGCAGAGGACACAACGUACUGCCAGCCUUGUGAACAAGAUGACGAAAUCCUCCCUGCUGAUUCAUACUGUACCGUCUGCAAAGAGUUCUUCUGCUGUCACUGCGCAAAUGUCCAUAGGAAACAGAAAAUGACUAGAUCUCAUUUCCUUCUUGACAAAUCAAAUAUGCCUACAUCUAUCAGUGGCAUUGAAGUUGAAUAUGAAUGCACAGUGCCUUGUGAUAUCCAUCCGAAAGAGUCAAUCCAAUACUUUUGCAGCUCCCAUCAGACCCUGAUAUGUGGACACUGUUCAGUACAGAAACAUCGAUCGUGUCAUGCUGAUGUUAUAUCAGAUCUCUCCAAGGCCUUUAAAUAUGGCCAAGAGUAUGGAGAUGUCAUUAAAACAAUUGCCAGGUUAUUUGAAGAGAUAGAUUUAUGCGCGUCUGAUGUGGAGAAAAACGUUGACGUUGUAGCAAGGUUAGGUGAAAAUGAAGUUUUCAAGCUCAGAAGAUACCGUGAGGAAGUUAACAAGUAUUUUGAAGAAAGAGAACAGGCUCUGUUAAAGCUUAUAGAGAAGAUGAAAAACAUGGACGAAGAACUACUAGGGUCUCUGAAACCGAAAUAUGCAAACCUGAAGUCCAAGCUGGAAGAAAUUAAUGCCACACUCGAAGCACAAGAAAAUAACAUGAUACAGUUGUUCAUUGAGACCAAAAGGGUCAAGAAACUACUAGAGGGCCUGCAGAAUGAGCUUGCUGACAUUAAGAAGGAAAACGUAAUUCACCUCUACGAAUUGAGAAAGGACCCAGCCACAGAGCGUCUUGUUGCAUCUGACACUGGCAUUGGGACAUUAGAAAACAUUACGACUGAAAUCACAACCACAUCAGCAGCGAGCGACCAUGACAUAAUAGGACUAACAGUUCAGGGAGAUGACCAAUGGGAGACCAUUGCACAAUGGGAAACCAUAGCAACGCCUGAACCUACAGUGAGUCAGGUCUUUGUAGACCUGACUAUAUAUCGGUUUACACUAGCUAUGGACAUCCCAAUGAAGUCUCCAACUCACAACAAGAACUGCUACCUGUCUAGCAUGUUACGCCUUUCCGAGUCCGGAAUGCUGAUUGUGGACUGUAACAACUGCACAGUGAAGAUGGUGGACAUGCAUACCAAUAACCUGGUGUCCCAGAUCAGUGUACCAGGUCAGCCAUGGGACAUAUGCCAUCUCUCCGGGUACACGGUUGCUGUUACUAUGUUCAAUCUAGGUAUUCAGCUCCUGGAGACUCGAGGGCAUCUCGUGCUUGGUAACCGUAUCGAAUUGGAUGAUGAAUGCCGAGACAUGAGCAGGAACACAAUCACAAAACUUGGCAUGAACCUGGAUAUCAUCGAUACGUUCCAGGACCCUGCAUUGAAAAGCCCAAGAUGUAUCACGGUAUUCGGGGACCAAUUGUUAAUCUCUGUUUAUGGAAGUGGCAGCAUUAUGAUACUUGAUUUGUCCACUGGUCACAUGGCACAACUGAUGGGAGAGAAGGAAGGGAUACGAAAUCCACUUUCUGUUCACCACCUUCCGCAAUAUAGAAAGAUUCUUGUCACGGAAUAUUCGAAUAAUUCAGUCAAAGUGUUCAAUACAAUCGGAUAA